AUGGCGUCGAGGGUAGCACAGCCGCCGGCGCCACUAGCAAAGAUGCCCAACCGUGAGGACAUUGUCUCGACGGCAAUCCACAACUUCUGUACCUCGCAAAAGGCCGUCGGCUCGUCGUCAGGUCCUGCCAUGCACACGAACCAGCGCGGAGCACACCUUCUCGGAGAGGACCUGUAUCGAAAGCUGAUCGAGUACCUCCAAGCCCACCUCGACGGGCUUGUGGAGGAGUCCAAGUUCCACACGGACGAAGCCCUGCUGACCUUUUACAUCAAGCAGUGGAACCGCUACACGACCGCCGCCAAGUACAUCCAUCACCUGUUCCGCUACCUCAACAGGCACUGGGUCAAGCGUGAGAUUGACGAGGGCAAGAAGAGCAUUUACGACGUCUACACCCUGCAUCUGGUGCAGUGGCGCAGGGUCCUCUUCGAGAAGCUCUCGUCCAAGGUCAUGGACGCCGUCCUCAAGCUGGUGGAGAAGCAGAGGAUGGGCGAGACCAUCGAGCACAGCCAGAUAAAGCAGGUGGUGGAUUCCUUCGUCUCCCUCGGCCUCGACGAGAGCGACAGCUCCAAGUCGACCCUCGAUGUCUACCGCUUCCACUUCGAGCGACCCUUCCUGCAGGCGACCAGAGAAUUCUACCAGGCAGAGUCGAAGCAGUUCGUCGCCGAGAACAGCGUCGUCGAGUUCAUGAAGAAGGCCGAGGACCGCCUCGCGGAGGAGGAGGAGCGCGUCGGCAUGUACCUCCACCAGGACAUCGCCGUCCCCCUGAAGAAGGCCUGCAACCAGGCCCUGAUCGCCGACCACUCGGGCCUGCUCAGGGACGAGUUCCAGGUCCUGCUCGACAACGACCGCGAGGACGACAUGAAGCGCAUGUACAACCUCCUGGCGCGCAUCCCCGAGGGGCUCGACCCGCUCAGGGCCAAGUUCGAGGCCCACGUCAGGAACGCCGGUCUCGGCGCCGUCCAGAAGGUCCAGUCGGCCGAGGGCGACAAGCUCGAGCCCAAGGUCUACGUCGACGCCCUCCUCGAGGUCCAUACCCAGUACCACGGCCUGGUGAAGCGGGCCUUCGACGACGAGCCCGAGUUUACGCGGUCGCUCGACAACGCCUGCCGCGAGUUUGUCAACCGGAACGAGGUGUGCAAGUCUGGCUCUAGCAAGUCGCCCGAGCUGCUCGCCAAGUACACCGACGUGCUCCUGCGCAAGAGCAGCACCAGCAUCGAGGAGUCGGACCUGGAGCACACGCUCGGCCAGAUCAUGACCAUCUUCAAGUACAUCGAGGACAAGGACGUCUUCCAGAAGUUCUACUCGCGGAUGGUGGCCAGGCGGCUGGUGCACAGCAACUCGUCGUCGGACGAUGCCGAGAUGAGCAUGCUCGGCAAGCUCAAGGAGGCCUGCGGCUUCGAGUACACCAACAAGCUGCAGCGCAUGUAUCAGGACAUGGAGCUCUCCAAGGACCUCAACCGGGAGUUCAGGGCCCACCUGGACAACAACGACGUGGCGACGACGCUCGACUCCACCUUCUCCAUCCUGGGCACCGGCUUCUGGCCCCUGACCCCCCCCAGCACCAACUUCACGCCGCCGUUCGAGAUCCAGUCGGACAUUGAGCGCUUCACCCGCUUCUACAAGCACAAGCACGACGGCCGCAAGCUCACGUGGCUGUGGCACCUGUGCAAGGGCGAGAUCAAGGCGGGCUACUGCAAGAACAGCAAGACGCCCUACACCUUCCAGGUGUCCGUCUACCAGAUGGCCAUCCUCCUCCUCUUCAACGAGAAGGAGACCAACACGUACGACGACAUGCUGAGCGCCACCCAGCUGAGCAACGAGGUGCUCGACCAGGCCCUCGCCAUCAUCCUCAAGGCCAAGGUGCUCAUCGCGGCCGGCGCCGCCGCGGGGGAGAAGCCGGGGACCGUCAAGACGUUCAAGCUCAACUACGACUUCAAGCACAAGAAGAUCCGCGUCAACCUCAACCUCGGUGGCGUGAAGGAGUCGAAGCAGGAAGAGGCCGAGACCAACAAGACGAUCGAGGAGGACCGUAAGCUUGUGCUUCAGUCCGCCAUUGUACGCAUCAUGAAGGCCAGGAAGAAGAUGAAGCACUCCCAGCUAGUCAGCGAGACCAUCAACCAGAUCCGCUCUCGCUUCGUGCCCAAGGUCGGCGACAUCAAGAAGUGCAUCGAGAUCCUCCUCGACAAGGAGUACCUUGAACGUCUGGAGGACGAUGAGCUAGGGUAUCUGGCGUAG